UCAACCUAAAUGUACUCAAUGUCUCAAUGUGUGCAUCGUAGUGUGUUUCGGAAACAAGGAGCUGUGAACUGGGGACAAACACAAAAUCUGUCGAAUCUCCAACCAACAUCUCUCUCUCUCAUCCUCUGCAAGUGUGAUUCCAGAGCCCCUAACGAAUCCCGUCGACGACGAUAUGGGAAAAACGCAAGAAGAGGACAUCGACGCCAUCGUGGCCGGCAUCGAAGGAUUAGAGAGCAAGCCCACCGACAAGAAGGCCAAAAAGAAGGCCACCACCCAACCGGACCGCGCCCAACAGAAUGGUGAUCCCUUGUCCAACAAUGGGACAGCCAAUGCUUCCGACCCAACACCCGCUGAAAACGGUGAGGUCAAGAAGAAGCGCAAGCGGAAUCGCAACAAAAACAACAAAAAAGACCUGGAAGAAGGCGAGGAUGAGCCCGUCACGGCCAAUGCCACGCCUUCCACCGAGAAGAAGACCGAUCCCAAAGGGGGCAAGAAAGCGGCUGCCAAGUCCGGAGGAAAAGUGACGCAAACCUAUCCGCCUACCAUUCCCAUUUUUGACUUGUAUCGAGGCGGGCCGUUCCCUGUUGGGCAACAAAUGGAGUAUCCGGACGUGUGGAACGAUGGAAGAACCGCCCAAGAUCGUUUUGGCACCGAGGAGAAACGGGCCAUUGAUCGGGCCCAAUUAGACAUGUAUAACGAGGUGCGAUGUGCGGCCGAGGCUCAUCGACAAACCCGACAGCAUAUCCAAAAAUGGGUCAAACCGGGCAUGAAAAUGAUCGAUAUUGUACAGGAGCUGGAAGACACGGCACGGAAACUCAUCAAGGAGAACGGCCUGGAAGCGGGUUUGGCCUUUCCCACUGGAUGUUCCAUCAAUCAUUGUGCGGCUCAUUACACACCCAAUGCGGGCGAUGAGACCGUGCUAGGCCAGGAUGACGUGGUCAAGAUGGAUUUUGGCACACACAUCAACGGUCGAAUUAUUGAUUGCGCUUGGACGAUGAACUUCAACCCCAAAUUUGAUCCCUUGAAGGAGGCAGUGCGAGACGCCACGGAAAUGGGCAUCAAAACGGCGGGCAUUGAUGUGCGAUUGUGUGAUGUGGGAGCUGCUAUUCAAGAAGUCAUGGAGAGCCAUGAGAUCGAAUUGGACGGCAAGACGUACCAGAUCAAGUCCAUUCGAAAUCUCAAUGGCCACUCCAUCUCCCCGUACCAGAUUCAUGCAGGAAAAACCGUGCCUAUCAUUAAAGGGGGCGAGGCUACGGUCAUGGAGGAAAAUGAGUUCUACGCCAUCGAAACGUUCGGAUCAACGGGCAGAGGAGUCGUUCAUGAUGACAUGGAGACGAGUCAUUACAUGAAAAACUUUGAUGUCGGCCAUGUUCCUUUGAGAUUACAACGCUCCAAGCAGCUCUUAAACACGAUUAACAAACAUUUCGGCACGUUGGCUUUCUGCCGACGUUGGUUGGAUCGUUUGGGCGAGACCCGCUACUUGAUGGCUUUAAAAGAUUUGGGUGAGAAGGGCAUCGUUGAGCCUUAUCCCCCAUUAUGCGACGUUAAAGGCUGUUACACGGCUCAAUUCGAACACACCAUUCUCCUGAGGCCCACUUGCAAGGAGGUUAUUUCACGUGGGGACGAUUAUUGAGUUGUAUCUAUGAUACAUAGCAAUGCUUAUUGAUGAUGCCAACGUUUGUAAUAAUGUGUGCGUGGUGAUUUCACCUUGCCAUCAUUGAAAGAAAAUAUCUUGCUGAA